AUGCUACAAGAUAAUAGUAGUAGUGGUGGUGAGGGUAAUGUUCAGCCUUCACAAAUUCCGAAUGUAAAUUCAUCAUCACCCACAACAAUCAUCAAUAGCAACAACAACAACAAUACAACAAUAACAUCAUCAAAUAUUGUUAAUGCUACUAGUAAUAGUAUUUCAUCUACGGAACAAUUAAAAACAAUACCGUCUUCUUUCAAUAAUAAUAUUAACAAUAAUAAUACUGUUAGUAAUGUAACAAGUACAUCAAACAAUGGUCGUAGGAUGAGUAUCAAUCCAAAUGUUUCUCCUCUUCUUAUUAAUAGUGUUACUCCUUCAAAAAGUAGUUCCAAUAUCAAACACUUGCUGACAACUACAAAGAGUUUACCCUAUAAUAUGAAUGAUGAUCAUUUCCUACCAUCACAAGAUGAUGAGGAAUCUUUUGAAGAUAUGGAACCUCCUCACAUUCUCUCUAGUUUUCAUUCUUCUUCUAAUCUUGAAAAGCAAACUAUGGCAUCAAGACUUCAAGACGAAUACAAAGACUCUCCUACCUCCCCUACAAUUACCUCUCCAGAAAGAUUGAAUAAUCAAGCAACUUUUCCAACAAGGAAUAAUGAUGUUGAUGACUAUAAUGAUGAUGAGGAAUAUAUUGUUGAUUUUGGAUCUGCAUCAAGAAUAAUUCCAUCCACUAAUUCUAAUAUUCCCAAGACAUUUAUUGUACCAUCAAAGAAUAUUAGUGCUAAUUUACCUCCGAAUGGAUUUUUAUCUGGAGCUUCUCCAAUAUUUGACCUUUCAACAACACUAUCAAACAAUCCGAGCUCUUUUGGUGGUGCUUCUGCUAUGGUUUCUUCGAGUGCUGUUAGUAAUACAGCAAUGUUAAAUAAUAUUAAUUCAGAGGAUGAUAUGUACUCUGUGGAAAAUAAUGCAAAUAACUUUAGUUCUGGAAAUUUAUCAAGAACAUCUUCUUUCAAUGAUUUGGAAUCAUUAUAUGAGGAAACAAACUCAACAGUAUCGGAUUUAUAUUCACAUUCAGAAUUUUCUGGAUCACUUAAUUCUUUUAAAUUAUCGAGUGAACAAAAGAGAUUGGCUCAAAGUGAAUUUUCUAAAAAACCAAUUUAUUUGGAAUCAAAUCCUGUACCAAUGCUACCAUCAACAAAACGAAAAGUUAAAAAUUGGCUUUUCAAAAGAGGAAAGCAAAAAAUGGAAGAUCAAAUGGCUCCAGAAGAAGACGAAAGGACAAAUCAUUCCCUAUCUGAAAAGCUUAAAAAAGCCAUGUUGUGGUGUGUUACAGGAAAAUUUGAAAUAGAAAAGAGAUAUGUAAUCCCUUAUCAAAAAUUAACAAGAGAGGAUAAGAAUAGAGUUCACUCCUUACUUUUGGAUUUAGGAUAUGCCUUGUCAAUUUAUGGAUUACCUUCUAAUAGAGUUGAAUAUCACUUGUCUUUGGUAAGCACAUAUUUUGGAAUGGAUGGUUAUUUCUUCUGUAUUCCAACAGGUAUUUGGUACAGUUUUGGUACAAAACCAAGAGAUCCAUCAAAUGUGUCUUACUUUGUUAAAAUUGAAAGUCAAACUACAGAUUUAAACAAAUUGACCAAAUUGGAUUCUAUAGCUCACGAUAUUUCUGAUGGUUUACUUCCAUUGAAGGAUGCUCAAGAAAAAAUUGCUGAAGUUAUUAUGGAGCCUCCUAUUUAUUCACAUCCAAUGUUUACAGUUUUUAACAUGUUUGUUUUUUGUGGAUUCUAUGUCAUGUUGUGGAAUGGAACUGUUGGAGAAGUUUUGACCUGUUUUAUUGGUGGUAUUAUAAUUGGUAUAUUCAUGGUUUAUGGUUCGAGGAUUGCCUUCUUUUCAAACGUUUCAGUUAUUGUGGCGAGUGUGGUUGGAGGGCUAUGUGGAAUUAUAUUCAAAUUUAUUUUGUGGGAUGUUAGUUAUGUGAGUGUGGUCCUGAUUUGCCUUUGUUUGAGUUUUUAUUAUUUACCUGGUGUGACGAUUAUGAUUGGUAUUAAUGAAAUUCAGGCAAGAUCUCUAGUUUCAGGUACAUCCAGACUUGUCAGUGCAUUUUCUACAGUUUUGAAAUUGGGUUUCGGUUUACUUAUUACUAAUGGUAUGGUUAAUUUAUUCCCUGCAUUUGCAGCUAGUGAAAAAGUUGGCACAACAAGAACAGAUCUUUCCUUGCCUAUGCGUAUUGUAGCCAUUAUUGUUCUUGCCAUUGCUAUUGGAAUAGACGCUAAGGUACCAAAGUAUUUCUUUACCUAUUUUUGUCUAGUGGUUGUGACUCUUUCUGUUCACCUUACUGCAUUCUAUACCAGUAACGUAUUGGGAUCAGAAUUGGGAACUGUCAUUGCUGGUAUUGUUACUGGUGUUGGAAGUAAUAUUUAUUCACUCAUAACAAACCAUCCACCACUCCUCAUUAACUCUGUUGCAACUUUACUUUUGGUUCCUGGUUCUCUUUCAUGGAGAGGUUUUUCUGCCUUUUUAUCAAAAGAUUCAGCCAGUGGUAUUUAUUUCAUGACUGAGGUUUUUCUUAUUGGUAUGGCUAUUUUCUUAACUGGUGGAAAGGUUAGAAGUGGAGGAGGUGGAGGUGGCAAGGUUGUUCUCAGCAAUGGAUUUUGA